AUGAAAAAUUGGUAAAUAAUUACUUUACUGCUUUCUUUGGUUAUUGUUGCUUAGUCUUCUAGUACUUAAUCCUAAUAGCUUCAGUAAAUUUGCAAUUUUUUUGCUUAACAGUAUGAUAGGUUUUCAACUUAGUAUGCUCCUGAUAUAAGUUCUUAGAGAUGUAGUUUUUGUUAGUAUUCCUCAGACUCUAAAGAUCCUUAUAACUUUGCUUAAGGUUGCUCUUCUUGCCCUAACUAUUCCAACGGAUAGUGCUCUUAAGGAUGCCAAUAAGGUUUUACCUCUACUACUUCGAAUAUGUGUAUUCCAUGUCCUGAAGGUUCAACAUGUUGUGCUGGAAACAAUGCUUUAAGUGAUCCUAACUUUCUUGCUUCAAUUUAAAGUUAAUAAAGUAAUGAUCCUUCACUUACCCUAUCAAAAUAAUACUCAUCCUUGAUUAAUUACACUGGUACAAGAUAAGUUACUUGCUUACAAGGAUAUUUUGCUAUAGGACAUGUGUGUUAAAAAUUACCCUAUGGGUGUGCUGCAAUGACAGUUUAAAGCGAUUUUUAUUACUGCAAUUCUUGUUUACCAGGAUUUUAUUUAGAUUCAAAUAAUGAUUGUUCUUAGAAUUGCUAGGCUCUCUAUGUUCCUACAGAUGGAAGUCCUUUUGUGGGAUAAUGCGAUUCUUGUAUUUCUGCUAAUAAGUGUGCUGCCUGUUCUUAAAAAUAGAAUUAUUAUUAUUUAGAACCUUUACCUUCAAGCACUCUUUCCAGUUAAUAAAGCUCAUAGUAAGGUAUCUAGGUGUGCACAUAAUGUCUUAUUUAUAAUUGUAUUGAUUGUUCAAGUAACUCUAAAGCCUGUAAUUAAUGCGUUCCUUACUAUUACUAUGAUGAGGAUUAAUAAUCUUGCUUACCAUGCCCUAGUCCUUCUAAAUUUAUAACAUUAAAUGUAGGAACAACCAAAGAUUACUACUCAGGUUGUUUAAAUGGUAAUAAAUUGAUUACAUCCUACACUUUUAACAAAUCUAUCCCUCAAAAAGAUGGCUUGUAAUAACCUGCCAACCUUCCAAUUAUUAAAUUAAGUGAUGGAACUUUUUCAUCUUGUGAUAACUAUUGUACUUAAUGUAAUCCUACUUCUUCUAAUGGUACCAUAUGCACAGCUUGUAUGGCUGGAUACUAUUUAGAUUAAACUUAACCUACUAAACCUGUUUGCAGAAGUUGUCCUACCAACAGCUUGAUCUGUUAAUGGAAUGCAAUCAUGAAAUAACCUUAAGUUUUAGCUUGUCAAAUCAAUCCAAAUGAUAAUCCUCCUUACUCGAAAACUUACUAUUUAUAAUUAGAUUUUACUGUUUAAAAUUAUGGCGAAAAUUUCUAAAAAUACUCACCAAAUAGUGCAUGUGUAAAGAAUGUUAAUAACUGCAAAGAAAUGAUCAAUUAAAAUGAUCCAAAUUUAAUAUCCCUCUGUGCUUCCUGCUAUGAUUCACCUAAUGAUUUUGCUGUUGGUGUUUCAUCAUCAAAAGCAAUACCCUAUAUGAUGACUCAAGGAAAAACUUGUAGACAGUGCAACUUUCCUGGUGCAUUAAGUUGUAUUUAAGACCCAAAUAAUAAGUCUGAAAUAAUUAUUUAAAAAUGCGGAGAUGGAUAUAGACCCACUCCUUCAAAUGAUGGCUAAUCAUGUAUAAGUUGCUCUUCUAGUUGUGCCACUUGUGAUGAUAAUGGAAAUUGCUUAACUUGCAACAAAUAGUAAAGAUUUACUUUGAUUUCAAAUAAUGGAAAUACAGUAACUUGUAAAAUACCUUAUUCAUAAUCUUACCUUACUUAAGGUUGUAUAGAUUGGGGUUAGGGAACUACAACACCAAGUGUCUACAAUUGCUAAAAGUGCUCACCUAAUUACAUUUUAUAGGUUGGUGUAACAGUAUAGACAGGUGGUGGUGAAUCAAAAGCUAAUUUAUGUAUGUCUUGUCCUCUCAAUUGCUAGACUUGUAAUUAAGAUAAUAGAAGCUAGUGUUUGACUUGCUCUCCUGGAUACUACUUGAGUAAAGAUAGUUGUGUGGCUAUUCCAACAGGAUGUGCAUCUUUUAAUGCUAAUGGACCAAACGGAGGUUCUUGCAAAUAUUGCUAAUAUGGUUUUAGAUUAAUGAAUGAUUAGUAUUGCUCUCUUUGCUAUAGCAAUAAUUAGAAUUCUUUCACAGGAGGCCAAUGGUUUGACUGCCCAGGAGCCUAAUGCAAAUCCUAAUAAAAUGAUGAACCUUAGUCUUCAUCAAGCUCUAAUUUAAAAAUAAUUUCAUUAAUAGCAAUAAUAUUGUUCAGUUUACUAGUCUGA